AUGGGUGAGAUUGAGGAGAUGGAUACGGGUACAGAUAAAGGAGAAAAUGGUGAUGUUAGGGAGAGGUGCGGCACACAUAAGGAUCUAGCUCAAAGGACACUUACUGGCAAUGUGGGUGGAUCUGGCUUCCGUGGCAGGUUGCCCAUGGGUGAAUUGCAUCGUAGUGUUGUGACAGUGGGUGCCUUGUCUCUCUUUGGGGGUGGUAUUUUGUAUUUGAAAGAUGACCCUGAAGAGCCAGCAGCCCGCAAGCUGAUUUACCAGGAGGCCCUGGAGGAGGAAACCUAUGAGGAGAAAGCCAUGAAAAAAAGGUUUGAAGAGUGGAUGAUCAAGUACGACCGCAAGUACAGGGACAAUGAGGAGAAGGCGAUGCGGUACAAGAUAUUCAAGCGUACGGCACAACGCGUUGACGAGCUUAACUUGAGGCCGGGGGCUUUAUCCACCGUUGGAACAAACGAUUUCGCCGACAGAACUGCUGAAGAGAGGCCAAGCGGAGCUUCCAGGACAAGGGGCAACUAUCAGUUUUAGAUCGUUCCUGCUAUGAGUAUCUUGUGCAACUGUUGUGCUAUAUAUGUAUGUUAGAGUGAUAACCUUAACUUAAUGUGUUAUUGAUGGUGGACGUACUUAAGAACCUUCAUGAAAUCAGGGUGUAUUAGCUAGCUUUAUGGAUUAUAUCAUAUCAUAGAUCUAUAUUUUGCAAGUCAAGACCCGGAACCCAUGCUACUGGUUGACUCUGUGUGUUGUUCUUGUUCCUAAAGUGUGUCAAAAUCAAAAUA